AUGGCAGGGGCCGAGCUCUCUGUCGUGCCCAAGCAGUUCACCCAAAUCAAAGAACCCGAGUUGAUGCUAGAAAAAGUCCUGGAGGAGGAGCAGAAAGAAGAUGGGGUGUGCAGAGUGAAGGAUCACCCAGGCUCUGCAGAGCUGGAGGCUGGGAGCACCCAUGGGGCCCUCCAGGCCAACAUCCAGGAGGAGGAGCUGGAGCUGGUGCUGGCCACCCCCGAGGACAACGAGAAGCACAUCGUGACCCUGCAAACGGUGCACUUCACCUCGGAAGAUGGGGCGCUGCAGGAGCUCGGCUGGCUGGAGGAGGGGCAGGUGGGGGUGCAGCCGGCCGGGAGUGGGCUGCCGUCGCUGGUGUGGCUUGGCGAGGGGUCCCAGCAGAGCCUGCACCAGUGUGUGGCCAUUAGCAUCCAGGAAGAGGUGUGCUCGAUGCAAGAGCUGGAGAGGCUGCAGUUUCAGGUUCUGGAGGAGAAUGUGACUCCUCCUGGUGAAGACAGUCGGUCUGCCGUGAGCCUGGCAGGAAGCACUGAAUCCAUUAAGAAGGAGGAACAGCUCCUGGCGGAAGGAGGACUCAGCGAAAAAGCAGAAGAGCAGUUUUUUCUUGUGGAAGCGAGGCCCGGAGAGGAAGGAAGAGACGAGAUUGUUCUGACAAUUUCAAACUUCACCGUGGACGAACCAGAGACACUUCCUGCAGCGGGCGAAGCGCCUGUUGAAAAAGCCGUCGAGACACACAGUCAGAAAAAGACAAAGGAAGUAAAGCGAACCUUCCAAUGCGACAUCUGCAUGUUCGCCUCUUCUCGGAUGUCCAGUUUUAAUCGUCAUAUGAAAACGCACACCAGUGAAAAGCCCCACGUGUGUCACCUUUGCCUGAAAGCCUUCCGUACUGUUACUCUGCUUCGAAAUCACAUUAACACCCAUACAGGCACCAGGCCCUACAAGUGUGGUGACUGUGACAUGGCGUUUGUCACCAGCGGAGAGCUUGUUCGGCACAGACGUUAUAAACACACUCACGAGAAACCCUUUAAAUGUUCCAUGUGCAAAUACGCCAGUGUGGAAGCCAGUAAAUUGAAGCGCCACAUCCGUUCCCACACGGGAGAACGUCCCUUUCAGUGCCCACUGUGCAGCUACGCCAGCAAAGACACGUACAAGCUGAAACGCCACAUGAGGACACACUCAGGUGAGAAGCCCUACGAAUGCCACAUCUGCCACGCGCGCUUCACCCAGAGCGGGACCAUGAAAAUACACGUCCUGCAGAAGCACAGCGAGAACGUCCCCAAAUACCAGUGUCCGCACUGUGACACCAUCAUCGCGAGGAAGAGCGACCUGCGUGUCCAUUUACGCAACCUGCACACGUACAAAGCUGCUGAGAUGAAGUGCCGCUACUGUUCUGCCACCUUCCAUGAGCGCUACGCUCUCAUUCAGCACCAGAAAACUCAUAAAAACGAGAAGAGGUUCAAGUGUGAACACUGCAGCUACGCCUGCAAGCAGGAACGUCACAUGACCGUUCACGUCCGUACCCACACCGGAGAGAAGCCGUUUGCCUGCCUCUCCUGCGACAAAUGUUUCCGACAGAAGCAACUUCUAAAUGUUCACCUCAAGAAGUACCACGAUACAAAUUUCAUCCCAACUGUUUACGAAUGCCCCAGGUGUGGCAAAGGCUUCUCCCGCUGGAAUAACAUGAAGAGACACUCAGAGAAGUGUGACUUGGAGCAGGAAAAGCCGGCCCCCUCGGAAAAAGGAAGAAGAGUGAAGAAGAGAAAGCCGGCCGUCCCGAAAGAGGCAGCCACGCAAGACGAAGCCGCUGCCGAGGAAACCGCCCUGAUGAGCGGAGCGCCGUCCUUGGGAGGGCUGGUGCCCGUCGACCUCGGAGAAGCCGCGGCCGGCAGCGAGGACCCGGAUGAAGACCUGACGUGCGAGCUGAUCUUGGCCGUGAUGGGUAAAUGA